CUUAAAUGCGCUGCGGAGAGGUCAUCUUUAUAUCUAGAAGUCGUACCACUACAUAUUCCAACCCAAGGAUAAUAUUGUCGGGAUUGUAUGUUUCUUCUUUUGUACAAAAUCAUAGCCUUGUUUUGUGUUCACUUUCAAAAUUUGGCGGGAAGAAGGUUGGUUUAUAGUCUAGAACGUUUCUUACAUGUGGUGUGAAAAUCCAUUCAUUUGAUUCGGGCUAGGAAAAACUCCUGGGACUAGGGUACGCCUCGUCUUUGUUAUGGUUGUUCUAUUGAUUUUGAUAGUAAGCUUAGUGGACCCCGUUAAGGUUUUCGACGCCAUCUUGACGAGUAGGCAAGCGCGUGAGAAAUUUACGGUGUUUGUAUGAGAAUGUAAUGUCGAAUAAUUUCCGUAGAACGGCUGUUCCAAAAAAAAUAUGAAUUGUAAACUAAAGCUUCACUCCUAAGGAUUCUUCUGAAAAAAAUUGAGGGCGUUACAUGCCCUAGAAGACCUAGACCCACUUUUUAAAAUUUUCUAUACAUUUGUAAGUUAAAGUCCCGGGAAAAAUUACAGACAAAUGUAUUUGAAAAUCUAAAGCGAGCCUCUGGAGGCAUUUUUUAAUAAGCACAGGUAGGCCCCCAAUUUUUUAGUACAAUCCUUUGUUUCGUAGUUUACAAGUCAUAUUUUUUUCAGAACAGCCGUUUUACGGAAAUUAUUCGACAUCAGAUUCUCAUACAAACACUGUAAUUUGUCACACGUUUGCUACUCGUCAAGAUGGCGUCGAAAACCGUGACAAGGUCUAUUAGGUGCUUCUCAAUCUGUUGUCGAGUUUUGAGGAUGUUUGUUCGUUCUGCUAGCUUGGGAAAAUAAAAGUUUAAGCUUUUUGUAUUGAGUUAAAAUAAUUUGCCACCCUGUAUUGCUUUAAUUUACUAAUAUACUCGCUUGUUAUUUACGUUACUAAUACAUUUUCUUUUGCAGAUUUUUGGAUUGAUCGACGUGCACGUGUACCUUUACUAAACACAUGAAGACAAGAUCAAACGUAUCAGAAUGGCGUGUGAGAGUGGGGGGAAUUUGAUGAUUUUGAAUGUGCUAUGAUAUGCCUCAGUUUGUGCUUUUCAGUGACACGAUUCCGGUAAAAUUAUUUCAGUUCGCACGCUGCGAAAGUGAUAGUGGUUUGCACUGGACAAAGGGUUUGGCGAAGUUUCAGUUGACAUGGGUUUAAAGUUACCAGCACGUUAUUGCCUUUUGUCCACAUUUGCGACUCUGACAUUCUGGAUUUUGUUCAAUGUUAUGUCCUUCAUGUACACUGGUAACAGUAAUUAUGUAAUAAGGGGUCAGAGAAGGCAUCUUGAAAAUGACAGCCCAACAGAUUAUUUUUUUGAGAGAGAAUUGGUACAAGAGGACAUCAUUAGCACGCUGGGCAUGAUUCGAAGUCAUGAAGAUGAAAGGAUCCGAGAGGAAGGUUAUGGAAAGCAUGCUUUUAAUGAGCUAAUAAGCAACAGAUUAGGUUUUCACCGUGAAAUACAAGAUACAAGACAUGAAAUGUAAGUAUGCUAUGUCAAGGCUAAGGGUCGGAAAACACUAUCUAGCAAGUUGCAGCGACAUUUUGCGGCGACAGAUCACUCCGUGUGUACAGGUCAGGCAACUACUUGCAGCAACACAUUGCAGUUUGUGAAUACUAGAGAAUGUUUGUGAAAAUCUUUAUCUCUGCAACAUCAGUUUGUUGCAGCAAUAAGUCACAAAAAAUUAAAUCAGACUGAGUUUGUGUGACCUGUCGUGGUGACAAAAUUCUGUUGCAGUGACAAAAAUUCUACAAUAAAUUCUCCAGUACACACAGACCGAUUUGUUGCUGCAACGUGUCACCGCAACAUGCUGCUGCAACUUGUCACCUAGUGUGUGCCCACCUUAAGUCCACCGGAAGCCAUUUACAAGUUUAUGGGUAGUUUACCACUGUCCAUGUCACAAUGAUAUGUAAAUAUCUGUUCACAAACGUGUCCUCUCUAGCUCUGGAGAAUACAGACCAAAAUCACCGUUUAAGAUUAUCGCUAUAUCCUUCUUGUGUGGACGUAGGCUUUAAACUCAGACGUUUAUUGCAUUUACAAACUUACAGACCUAAGCUUAGGUUGUUCAUUCAACUGUUAGGAUCAUUUCCACUUGCAUAUCUUUAUCCGCAGUUUAAAACAUAAGUCAUUUAUACAUUUCCAUUUAUGCCAUUUCCCCCAUCAGGUAUAAUACAUACACACAUUGACCUGUUCUCCUGGUGACUUGACUAUCUUUAUGGGCGGUCAUUGAAAAGGUCCGGGUUUGAUUCCCGGUCAAGCCUGAAUUUAUUCAGGUUCUUUUUUAACCGCUUAGUUUGUUUAUUCAACUGCGAGGAUCAUUUCCACUUUCAUAUCAUUUAUUACAGUUUCUUUAAUAUGUCGUACUUUAUGCUUGCAAUUUUCAUGUGCACAUUCUAAAAGAACCCAGAAUAUUAUUUUGCAUCUCUUUAAAUAUUCUAAUGCCCUGAGUGUCCCUCAUCCGCGGUAUCAAACACGGGACACAGGUAUGGCAACCCAAAUGCAACUCAAGGUUAUUCUGGUGGGAAAUCGCAUAGCCACCAGUGUCUUGUAAAGCAGAGAAAACAAAAGAGUCAAUAAAGAGGAAGGCGGAAUUCUUUCUGUAUCCAUGUUGUUUAAAGUAUUAAGCAUAGAUAAAUUGUCAUGUCCACAAAUUUGGAAUAUACAGCAAGAGAAACACAGAGAAAAAGAGAGAGUGGGUGGCAGGUCAGCGAAGUUCAACAAGAAAAAGGGCAACAGGGAUUUAGAGCGAGAGAUAAAAAAACUGAAGGAGACAUUUUUUUGUUGGAAGAACAACAUGAAAAUUUUGUAACGGGGGUGACAAAAUGAGAAAAUGCUAGUAGCCACCAAUGUAAGGUGAAAAUGAGCGGCAGUGAACACACACAACAUUUCCUCCAUAAAACAUGUAACUAAGAAGUUUCUGGAAGUUUCAUGUUGUAGUCAUGCAAAACAAUGCCAAGGAAAUGUACAAAACAGUGUGCUGCACAGGGUUGUCACUAAGGGCCAGGGGCCAGGGACUUCCCCAGGCUACUCAGCGCAUGGCCCCCGGCUACUUUAGUCGUUAAAUUAAACCAGAAGAGCACACCUUUGAAGCACACAAAGACUAUCCAUCAAACUGAAUGCAAGUUUCAUAUGCAGCAGGUUAAUAAGUACUUAAUAAGUACUGAAAUACUUGCGUGCUUUUCCGCACGAAAACCCUCUAUUCGCGAAAUGUCGGUAGGGAGUUUUAGCAACGGCGACGGCGACGAGAACAUCAAAAAAGCAAUAAGGUUAUUGAGCAAAACAACUAGUUUGCACGUGCGUCACACUUUUUUGUACAUUUCUUUGCCGUUACUGCACGACUACAACAUGAAAAUGCCUAGUUUCACGUUUUAUGGAGGAUGUAAAACAAGUGACGACAAACUUUUCUUUCUCUUUCUAAACUUGAGUGCGGUCCCAAAGAAAUCAACUCCAGGGAAAUUGACCUACAUUAGCUAUUUUCAGCGAAUUGAAAUUAACGCGACAAAGUUGGAAAAAAUGCCAAUUCAUUUUAAAAGUGACGUUUUUGUUGCGGUCACCUUUGUCAAUGCUAAAAGUCCGGCUAGUUUCAACCGUUGUGUCGGCUUUGUGUUGAACAUGUCGAAGAAGUGGGAGAGGACUCUGCACUCUUUGUUGACGAUGAAAGGCCUGAGCAGAUCUCUGUUGACAUCACCAGUUGAGGCUUCAUCCGAGCAUUAAAUCUCCCUGAUGCUGAUGUUGAUGAUAAUGAGGAUUAUGAUGAAGGCUUUGAAGAUGAAGACUAUGACUGAUCGCCAGGUUUAAUAUAUUGACAUUUAAGUGACCAGGUCUACAUUUAGCUUUAGGUAUCAAGUAUAUAAAAUAACGCACGGUCAAUGGGAAAUGUUCGAUCAUUGUCCGCAGGUCGAUCACAUCCUCUCAGUUCUACUUCCAAGAAGUUUAUAUAUAAAAGGGAAGUUAAGCAUUAGCAUUACUUUUGCAUCCUUCUCCUUGAGUUUCGUUUUGACAUCUCAGCGUCGUUUAUUUAAGUAUUAGCCCUGUCUUUUAAAGGGUUUUCCAUACGUCAUUUUCUUCCUAUGUUAAGUGAUGUUUCAUUCAUAAAUUCGAGACCAUUAAUGUUACCAGUUGUGCAGUUUAGUUUUGCCAAGACUGCGUGCGACUUCCCCGGCUACUAACAACGACUACCCGGCAACUUGAAAUCUUAGUGACAACCGUGGCUGCACAUGCAAAGUUGAUUUGGCUAAUUAGACAUAUUGUUGUUUUUCACCGUUUUCCGGCGUUGCAUGCCUUUGCCGCUUGGCAUUACACAAUUUUAUAUUUUGUUUGAACAAACUAUAAAUAUUAUCGAGAGCUUCGCUUUUACCCCUGGCUAAAUCUAUAUAUUAUAAUUAAAUGAUCCUCUCCUAGAAGGUGGUGUCUGAAGCAAUACGUGGAUCAAGGCAAGAUGCUCUCAUAAAAUUGUAGGGAGUGCAAUAGCUGUUAACCCAGCGAAGUGGGUGCCUAGCAAAUAUUUUUUGCGCAAAACUAAGAUAAUUUGUAGGUGAUUCUUUGUUGUCUUAUGGCAAGUUGAAGUCACUUAAGGCUUUUGGUGACUGUUAGACCACAGUCUGCUAAAAUGAUUGGAGUUCUCAAUGGGACUGCUUGAAGAAAGAAAUAAGUAAAGAUUUGGUCCCCAAUUCAUUCAAUACAUGUAUAUUACUCUUCUACAAUAGAUUUGGACCACAAUUUUAGAGGAAACUAUGUUUUAAUAUUAAUUUGUUUAACUGUUUUUUAGGUGUCUACUGAAGUCUUACCCAUCAAAUUUGCCAUCUGCUAGUGUGAUAAUUUGCUUUCACAAUGAAGCAUGGUCAGCAUUACUACGAACAGUACACAGCGUUCUUGAUCGCACAGCGGAAAAUUUGAUUGUUGACAUUAUUUUGGUUGAUGAUAAGAGCACAUUGGAAGAAUUAAAGGGCAAACUUGAAGACUAUGUAGCCAAAUUUCCUAAAAUUAAAUUAAUUAGGGCUGUAGAGCGUGAAGGGCUUAUACGAGGGAGAAUGUUAGGAGCAAAGCAUGCCUCUGGAGAAGUGUUAGUUUUUCUGGACAGUCAUUGUGAAGUGAAUAAAGAGUGGCUGCCACCACUUUUGGAGAGAAUCAAGGAUAAUGCCAAGACAGUGGUGUGUCCAAUGAUUGACAUAAUCAGCUCAGAAACUUUGGAAUACCAGUCAUCGCCACUUGUGCGUGGAGGAUUUAACUGGGGACUUCAUUUUUCAUGGGAACCAGUACCAAACCAUUUGCUUGAUCCAUCUGGGAAUGUAUCCCAGCCUAUAAGGUAGAAAAGAACUUUUUAGGUUAAGUGAUAUUAUUCAGAUGUUCAAUGUACUAAAGCAUAAAACAACCACCUUGGAGCACUGCUUCUCCCUGUUGAUAGGAUACAUUCCAAGCUAGUCCAUGGCACUGUUUAGUUAAAGGUUUAGAAGCGAUUGCAACCUACAUGAUAACUGUAUUCCACUAAUUCUGGCCCCUGAUCUUUUUUUAAAGACCUUGGUAUGUUUUUUUACUGGCUGAGCUUGCGAAAGAGCUUCCUCGGAGACCCAGGGGCAGAUAGUAGGGGCGAGGGAAAGUCUAAACGGGUGGAAAAUGUGGCACAAAGAAAAGUAAAGAACGGCAAGAAGAGCCCCUGGGGACAAUGUCUUACCCGACCAGUUCCAAACGGUCGCCGCCAUUCUGACUUCUGAUUGGUGCCAGAAAACGGUUGUGUUUUUCUGCCCAAUCAGAAGGCAGAACAGCGGCUACCGUUUGGAACUGGUCUGGUAAGACAUUGUCCCCAGGGGCUCUUGUCGCCGUUCUUUACUUUUCUUCGUGCCAUAUUUUUCCGCCCAUUUAGACUUUCUCUUGCCCCCACUAUCUGCCCCUGGGUCUCUGAGGAUGGUGAAAGAGGCGUGAAAUGAAGUUCUCUUACCCUUAUGGAACCUGGGCACAAAUGACAUUUUAGGCUAUCAGUUUCCAUACUCUUUUUGUUUUUUGCUGUUCAGUGCAACAGCUUUUUCCUGCCCUCCCACCCUUUGCCAGUUCAAAAAAUUAAUAAGUGUGUGUUAGUUUGACAGCAUUGUAUUACUAAAAGGUUCAGAAAGGUUUUUCCUUUGUCCAUUGUAAAUUUUUUGUGAUGAUUGUGUGGCAGCCAAUGGGCAUUCAGUGUGUGAGCAAUAUUUAUUUUUACAACCAAUAAAAUGUUAAAAUUGUUAUACUUUCAUCUUUUCUGAUACAUGUAUCUCGAUCAACAUUAAAUGUUGUGAUACAUGUAUGAGGAAAGAUGAAAGUCCAACAAAUUUGUGGUUGUUGUUUCAUUCUAACAGGUCACCCACCAUGGCUGGAGGAUUGUUUGCAAUAAAUAGAAAUUACUUCAAUGAACUUGGUCAGUAUGAUGCAGGCAUGGAUAUAUGGGGUGGUGAAAAUUUGGAAAUUUCUUUCAGGGUAAGAAUGAUAGGUGUCUUUUGCAGCUCAACUGUCACACCAUUUUUUUGCCAUGCAGUUUCCCAGAAUUCCUUGUUAACUACAUUGUAUGACUUAUACAUCUGUCCACGAGCUUCUCAGUGAUUAUACCUCAAAUGACAUGGCACUCUCCUCUCAUUCAAGCCCCCUCUCCUGCCCCCAACUCAGGUCAAAGCACAUCAGACAAGCAAACAGCUAAACAUAUUCAGCAGUCAUUAAUUGAUUCAUUGGAUCAGUCUAUCUUGCUCUAAUUUUACAUUCUAAGUAAAAGGAAAGUGCCCACCAUGCAUCCAGUUGCCCUGACCUGGAUUAGUGAAGGUGCCUGAAGUAGAAGAUAUCUCAGAAUGGGGUGUUGUUCAGAAUAAUAAAGACCAUACUCUAGAAACAUCUUAGAAUAGGCUGGCUUCACAAAAAUGAGGCCUCAGGGAUAGCAGAACAUUAGACUACUGUCCAGUUGCCAUAGCAAGUUGCUAGAGAAGCAAGAAAACAUUUGCCUCUUUUAGACCCAAGAUAAUUUUUCUAUUUUUUUCUCAUCCUGCCUUGUGCAUAUUAAUAAUUUAUUUUUUUAAAUUAUUUAUAGAUUUGGAUGUGUGGAGGAACAUUAGAGAUAAUUCCAUGCUCUAGAGUAGGACAUCUCUUCCGAAGGUGGCGGCCAUAUGGCUCAGACUCCAAAGGUGAUACUCUGUCAUAUAACUCAAUGAGAGUUGCAGAAGUUUGGCUCGAUGACUAUAAGAAGUACUUUUAUCAAGUCAAGAAAAAUCUAGUUGGUAGGCCAUUUGGAAAUGUGAGCACUAGAGUGGCCUUAAGAAAGAAAUUGAACUGCAAGAGUUUUAGAUGGUAUGUGGAGAAUGUUUAUCCAGAACUGCGGUUUCCUGACAAUGGUAAAGCAGGUGCUGCAUGGCAGCGUCCAUCAGAGAAGAAUCCUAUCAUCAAAGAGAAGGGCAACGUAAGUUUCUGUAAUCAGGGACAGUUUUAUUUGUGAAACUAUGUAUUGCAUGCAUUUCACUAUGAAAGAUGAUGAGGGACCUCAGACUUCACACUUCACACUUCACAUUUCAGUAGACAGACCUACAAAGUUUGAACUAGGGAUUUCUGAUUUCUGACUUCAGACGCAAUUCUGGCAUGUUGCCAUAUGCUGCUGUGUAUAAAGUGAUAUAAACAAUGUAUAAACGAUCUAGGUUUAACCUGCAUAGCUGCACUGCAAGCAUAACACAGCUGGAGAUGCAAAACAUGUUUUUAGAUGAUGAGUAAAGAUAACCUUUACAAAAAAGUAAACGUCUGUUUAGCUGUUUCAUUUAACUAAAAAGUGGAUGCAGUUAGGCAUCACUUUGGACAACAAUCUAAAGCAUACCAAAACAUAACUGCGUGAGGAACUUACACAGCAACGUGCAAGAACUGCAUUUGAUGUCAUAAAUCAGAGAUCUGGAGUUCAGCUUUACUGGAAAAGGGUUUAGUCAACAGCAAUAUUUCAUUUUAAAUUAAGAAUCAAUGAAUGCUAUUGUGCCCCUGACUUGGAAAUUGUUGAAGGGAAGCAUGAAAAAAAGCCCAGUUAUUGACUUUCAAUGAACUUGCAUCUUUGUUAUUUGUUUAAGGUUCAUUAACUGAACAAAUUGAAGCCGUGUCCAAAAGCCCAGGGCUAGUGCACAGCAGCGUAACAGCCAUCAAAAACUGCGAAAUUGGGCCAUACAUUCUCUGUAAAAUAGUAAUUAAAUUUUCAGUAACUACAGUUUCAAUAUUUAGAGUUUUUAUUUUAUCCUCAGGUACAUGUAAUGAGGCAAAAAGUGUAAACUUCUAGGAAAAUAAUAAAAUCCUGGUACAUGUAACUCGAACCUUCUAGGAAAAUAAUAAAAAGUGCGAGUUAUCAGGAGUUUGAAACAAAUAACCAGAAAUAAGGAAAUAAACAAAUGGAAGGGGAGGGAAUACAAGUAUCAUGCAUACUACACUUCAAGAACAGCAAGAGAUAUAGAUUGAUAUUUUGAAAAAGGAAUUAAGUAACAAAGCUUGAUUAAUAUACAGGGAUGGACACUGAAUUUGAACUGGAGUAACAAAAAAGUGACGCGAUUGUUUGGAAAUAAAUUCAAUGUUUUAGUCUUCACAACACUGUUUUCUUUUUGCAACUUGUCACGCACUUAAAACGAGGUUCGAGUUAUCAAGCGUAAAUUGUCAGUAUAGAAAUGACCUGAAGGGAAACAAAAAUUACUUCAAGUUAGCAGGAGGUUCAAGUUACCAAGGCUAAAAUUACAGUAAUGUAUGAAGGAAAUCCAGGGGAAAUCAUUAAAUCAACUUUGGUUUGAUUAAGUAUGAGGGUUCGCGUUAGCAGGUCGAGUCAACCGUACAAUGUAGGAGGCAUGAAAGCAGCCAACUUGCAAAGAUAUAAAAGGAGGAAAUACAAGUAGAAAGGGAGAUUAGUAGGCCAUUAGGACUACUCCAACCUUGUAAAGCAAUUCUCUUAAAAUAUUCCUCUCACCCUGUGAAUAAUUAUUUUAUUCAUUAACAGCUUCAGAACUUGGGCAGCACGAUGUGUCUGGACACUCCUGGUCAUGUGGCUAAAAAGAAAGCUGCUGUUGUGUUGCGCAACUGUCAGGAGACAAAUGCAAAGGUGACGACAAGACAUGUUUAGCAAAAAACUAUUCUAAUUUUGCAAAUACAUUAAACCAAAGAAUGCAUGCAGGUCAAAAGACAUGUCAUGGGUGCUCCAGAUUGUGAGUUCUUUAUUCACAGAUUAUAACCAUGAAAGAAGACCACAACCUGUGUCUACAAAUAAUAUUGCUAACUGAUUGACUUGGGUUCCCUAGAAAAUGGGCCCUUGUGACUGUUUACUAGGUCAUUACAAAGCACCCCUUUUUUAGGAAACCCUUCAUUUAUUGUUUGAGCAAUGAGGUGUUAGCUUUGAGGAACAUUGUAACUUAAACUAAACUCAGCUAAAUUUGAUUGCUGUCAUUAAGCUGUUGAAAUAGCAUUUAAAAACUAGAUUUUAAAUGAAAUAUAUUAUUUUUGCAAAAUUACUGUUUGCACUUCUUUGGCUAUAAUAUCAUGAUGGCAUAACUUGGGCUUGUUCGUAAAAGGAUAAACUUUGUCUGGUUUAUAUUGGAUCCUGUUGGAAAGGCUAUUUUGUCACUGACUGUCAACAUAAUAUUUCUUUGUUACAGUUCUGGUCUCUAAAUGAACUAAAUGAGUUGAAGAUAGACAGUCUUCUCUGCUUGGACAUGAACAGAAAUGAAGUACCAAAAGUAAUGAAAUGUCACAGUCAAGGAGGGACACAGCUGUGGUACCAUAACAAGGUAUGUGUAUGCUGUUAAUUGAGCCGGCCCUUAAUUAAGGGAUAGGAAUUACUUGGAGGAAUCAACUAUAUUAUAUUUUCAUAGUGAUGGAAGCUCAAUUAUAAUUCAAUCUGCCAUUCACAAUGCAUGUUUUUUAGUCUUGUACAAGUCAAUAAAUAAGAAUUUUUACACGAUUCACUUAUUCAAGCACAUGUAGUUACAGAUCUAAGCUUUCUUUACAUUCAACUCUCAGCUUGAGUUUGCCUUUGUUUGAAUUUUAGCCCAUAUUCCCAUAAAGGUCAAAAUUAUUAUAAAUGGUUCAUAGUUCAUAGUUCCAUCCUGGUAGUUGGUUCUUGUAAAUGAAAAGUCCUUCAAAACUGGUUGCAAUUUUGUAUAUGAACUGGCUGUAUCUAGCCUGCGAAAACAUCCAUUUCUCCUCGCUCUUCGCCGAUGGGGACAUUUCGCGCGGAGGAACGUCUGCGACUCAGCGACAGAAAUUCCAUACUGAUGACAUAAAAUCUGUCCGGAAUCCAGUCAGAAGUGCUGAUUGGUCGACGGAGUAGUUACAUUGUUUUAGCUAUUGUUUACGAAUGACAGACAAAAGACAAAAGGCCACAACGGUGAAAUGUAAACGCGAAAAAUCUGUAACAAAACAGUCAAUGUUUGUGGAAAUAUAGUCUUCUCUAGAAGAAGCAUUUGAGUUUUGCUGGAGCUCGUUGGCAGAUGAACACCACACUUUACCAAAAUCAACCAGAAGACACGUAAAAUUGGACAAAUUUGUAUUUGGAACCCCAUGACUACUGCAUUUAUUAUGUAAACAUUGGAUUGCGUCAUCAGCAUGGAAUUUCUGCCGCUGAGUUGCAGACGUUCCUCCUCGCGAAACGUCCCCGGCGGCAAAGAGCGAGGAGAAACGGAUGUUUUCGCAGGCUAGGCUGUAUCAUUAAGCCUUUGAGUAAGCUUUUGUGGUCAAGAUGGCUGGAUGUUGGCCAUGGUCUUUUCUGGUGUUCUUAUUGAUGUUGACUUUGGUUUGGUCCAUAAAAAUGCAAUUCUUAGACCUGUACAUGUCCCUGUGAAAUAAUAAAUUUCAAAGAAGUCCCCAUUAUAGUGAAGUUGUCCACAGAUUCUCAAGUUUGGACUUUGUACGAUGUAAAUAAGGUGCACAUCAUAAUAUGCUGUAAGUUGAUGUGACUCAUUGUGUUAAGUUUUCCUUUCAGAAGACUCUGCAGAUAUACCACACAGCAUCUGGUAUGUGCAUGGCUGCUACUGGAAAGAAUUCUAUCAAGAUGGCAAUUUGUGAUGACCAUCCUUUGCAGCAGUGGCAGUUUACUUAUGAUUAGGAUAAUUACCAAAUAAAAAAUAGAAGUAAAUUUUUAGGUUCCAGAUAUUUUUGUAUAUAAAACAUUUCACACUUGUAAAAAGUUAUACUAACUGCCUGGUUAGAACAAUUUGUAUUCUGAAAUGUUGUUUUAUAUCAUAACUAGUUUUUCACAUGUAGUCACAAAGGCUAUAUUUUUUGUGCCAAAACAGUAAUAAGGCAGCCAUGUUGGUGAACCAAAUAAUUCCUGUAAUAAUUGAACUAUUUUUUUGUGGAAAACUUUUCCCAGCGGCAGUUCGGAAAAUGUGCCUUGAGUCUAUAAAGUUUUCACUUUUUUUCGAGAAAAUAGACCAGUUUCAUUGUGUUCAAACUCAUACUUUGCUGUGAGGCUUUUUGGCAAAAAUUUUUUUAAAAAAAGCAGUAAGAUUUAGGAAUAAAAAAAUAAUUUUCUUUCAUUUUAUUCACCCAAGCGUCGGAGCCAAGUAUGAAUAAAUUAUAAAAUAUUGAAAUUGGUCUAUGUGCAUAGACACUGACUAUGUGAGAGAAAGUUCAGUCUAUUGUUUAAAUAGCAGUUGCAAAGAAAUAAACUCCACUGAUACAUUAUUUAAUUGUUAUUAUGAGAAAUGUAACAUGAAGAGUACAUUAUUGUUGACUUGUUUACACCAUAAGCCAGUGUCACGCUUCUCUUAAGACAAGAGCUUUUUAAAACAUAGAGCAAUGGGCUAUGGCCAAGGUCAGAUCCCUCAAAUAAGGAAAUGAGCAGAUCCAACCUGUCCCAAAUUAUUCUUAG